AUGGGGCCUCUUGACGAUGAAGCGGCACUCGUCGCCUGGUAUCAGGCGCUGAGGCCACUUCGCGUCGACCUCAUCGGUGACUUUGCCGGCAAAGAGCUAUUUGCUAUCCACGGCGAGGCACUCUUGACGCACUGUAUAUCCGAAGCAAAGGUCGAAUAUCGAGACGGAUUCCAGAUAUUACAUGCCAUCCACGCAGUUGAGACGUUUCUCAGCAAUCUGAAGCGCCGUGGAUGCCAAUUUCAUAUCAUUUGGUUUAGUAGCCAUGAGUGUCUUUGCAUACCGUCCGGAUCGUCCACCGCUGCGUCGGGCUUCCAUCGCUUGACGCGAACUAUCCUGAUCAAACACCUCUGCCAUCAUUCGGCUAGCAUGGACAUCACGUUCGAGUUUCCGAGCGCUGAAAGUGCUGAAUUUCAAAAUUAUACUACCGAGAAUGCUCUCCGCUUUUUCUUGUGUCUCGAUGGUCUCAGUUUUGAUAGCGAUGCGACACCGUUCGCCAAGUGGCAUCUCGCCUUCAUUCAUGACAUUGGCACCAGAGGCUACAGUGUAGCCUUGAUCAACAAUUUCGAGUUCAAAAGCUCAAAGGCCUUCGCCUCGAUGCUCCCUCCGUCGCAAGGCACAGCGAAAUUCGACAUUGAGGAGCCAUCGCCUCUGCCUCGAAGAGAAAUAGCUACAUUACAAGAUUUAGAGGCAAGGGUGGGCAUUGAGUAUGACUGGUCCCCCUGGUCUGACCGAGCGCCACUGUCGGCCAAGGAUAUGGUUUCCUUCACCGGUCUCUGCAAUACGCUUCUAUUUGACUCCAGCGACUGUAUGAAGAGGUGCGCUGCAGCCUACAUUCUUCACCUUUCCGAGGUGAAGCGGUGUAAUCUUUCGGAGAGACCAUGCGUUGUGGUGUGUCUGAGCCCAGCGCUGCAAGAGAGUAUCGACACCUUCUUUACCUACUUCACAGAAAUCUGCGCCAGCAGUGUCAAUUAUGUCCGAGCCCAGAACUGGGACCUUUUUGAUAUUUUCGACUCCCGAAUAAUUCGAAAGAUCUUAGAGAAUCUUUCGAAUUUGAUGCCGGCGGCAGAAGUCAUAGUCGAGGCCAGAAACUUUGCGGAACGACUCGACCUUUUAACAAACGUCGACAUCUCAGAGUUUCUUCCGCAGAUCGCUGGCGGCGAGGCUCCAGAGCCUGCAACAGCAGUGGACCAAGCAAACGAUGCAGUAAAUCCUGUCAUGCCCUUCAGACACCCUACUUUGGACAAUUACUUGGAGCCAGUUCAUGUUGUCGCCAAGGAAGAGACAGCGUCGGCGGACAGCUCCAAGGUCUUUCGUGAGCUGUCACACUGGCACAAUGCCAAAAAGGCUGUUGAUCCAAGAACAAUACCUCCUCCUGCGGGCUACCACCGCCGUCUCAAGAACCAGAAGAUGAUGGCCGACACGAUUGCCUACUCGGCGAGCCUGACCAACUCUGCAGGCAAGAUUAUCAACCCAGAGACCAUAAUAACGGCCCCCGGAGCGAGCGCGAACUCCACGAGGGGCAAUAGGAAAGGCGAGACCUCUAUCCUGCAAAAUUCCAAGCUGCCAGUCCAAAAUUCUCAACCGAAGAUUAAAAAGAGCUCUGGAAAAGCCGGCCGAGACAAGGCGCUUGAAGAGGCUUGGAAGAUGCAGAGAGGGAAACUUGACAGCAAAGCCCGGGAUAUGAUGGCGGCCUGGGAUGAACGUUGCCGACAAUUUCAAGGCGAAAAAGACAUUACACGCCGCCUGGGCAAAGUCACUGCCUAUCUCGCAGCUCUAUCCAGCGAUGCUCGGAGUCUUAUCGGCGCCGAGAUACUUCUGUACAUUUGCCACAUAAUCACCUCGAUGAUUAUACUGGGGGGACGGAGCAAGGAUGAUAAGAUCAGAAUGGUCUUGUUUGCCAAGAUGUGGUCCACCAUUAUGGAGGCCGAAAAGCUUCCACAGUCUCGCGAGAGCUUGUGUCUCCUCGAGAAGCUCUCACGUCUUCUCGAGAUGCCCAUCACCGUGACAGUCAGCGACAACCACCUCCUCAUCAACCGCCAACUGCCAUUCCCCAAGACCCUCACGGCCAGCCUUGUCCCGCCAACCGAGGCCCUCGCCUUCCAGCUCGAGCACUGCGGCCCUUUCCUGGAGCGCAGCUUUGACCCCGCGCCGGACCCUCGCGUGUCCAACUUCGAGCCCGAUGCGUGGCAGCGUCGCGUCCUCGAUGUCAUCGACGCCGAGCGGAGCCUUUUCGUUGUCGCGCCGACGUCGGCCGGCAAGACUUUCAUCUCCUUUUACGCGAUGAAGCAGGUCCUGCGGUCCAGCGAUGACGGUGUGCUCGUCUACGUCGCGCCCACCAAGGCCCUUGUCAACCAGAUCGCCGCGGAGGUGCAGGCGCGCUUCUCCAAGUCAUACGACAACGGCCAUAGCGACGGUGGCCGGUCAGUCUGGGCAAUACAUACCCGCGAUCACCGCAUCAAUAACCCGACGGGCUGCCAGGUGCUCGUCACGGUGCCGCACAUUCUGCAGAUCAUGCUUCUGGCGCCGUCCAACGCCGAGGGUGCACGGCCGUGGUCCUCGCGCGUCAAGAGAAUCAUCUUUGACGAGAUUCACUGCAUCGGGCAGGCCGACGACGGAAUCAUCUGGGAGCAGCUGCUGCUGCUUGCGCCAUGCCCGUUCAUCGCGCUGUCGGCCACGGUCGGCAACCCGCUCGAGUUUAUGCAGUGGUUGGAGGCGUCAGAAAAGGUCAAGGGGCGAGAGGUAGAGAUGAUCGUACACUCUUCGCGGUAUUCAGAUCUGCGCAAGUUCUUGUAUCGCCCCCCCGGAAAGAUGUUUGCAUUUAGAGGGCUGCGUCCUGUUGAAGGUCUUGCAACGCCUGGACUUGAUGAGGGACAGGCUGAAGUGCCGUCGUUCAAUUUCAUCCAUCCCAUAGUCAGCCUCACAAAUCGAAACCGAGGGACCAUGGACGACAUUGCUCUUGAGCCAAGAGACUGCCUAUCCCUGUGGCGGAGCAUGUCAAAGCACAAAAGCCCAGAGUACCCUAUCGAUGAUGCGCUGUGUCCUCAAACCUUCUUUCCAGCCGUUGUCAAACGGUCUGAUGUCCUAGAAUGGGGGAGCCUGUUGAAAAAAGUCUUACAGUCAUGGAUGCAAGACACCAAGUCGCCUUUCUCUGCUGUUCAAAGUGAACUGGCUUUCCCUCUGUUCCAUGCGGACGCCGAGGUCCCGCUUGACGAAGCCGCAAUGGAUGAUUUCAAGGUAGUAUUUUCAGUCCAGGACAGCAAAGCACACGUCUUCACCAUGGCGUUGCCCCUGCUCACCGACUUGCACACUCGCGGAGCUCUGCCCGCCAUCCUGUUCAACUACGAUCGAGACUCUUGCGAGGCCACUGUCGUCUACCUCGCCGCCCAGCUUGCGCGCGCUGAGAAAACCUGGAAAGAGUCCAGCCCUGAAUGGGCAAGAAAGCUUGACGAAUAUGCGGCCUGGAAGGCGGCGAAAUCGCACGCGAGGCCGGGUAAGACGGAGAGCAAGAAGCGGCUGGCCAAUAGUCGUGGAAAAGACGAAAAUGGCGACAAGAUGUCCAAGUUGGACAUGCUGCGGGAGGAGAUGAGCGUGGAGGCGAGCAAAUGGGAUAGUUUCGAACCGGACGCGCCACUGGAGCGUUUCUCAUUUGCGGACACGAAGAAGAUGCCAGACUCAGAGAGCAAGCCUCUGGUAAAGCGUCUUAUCGAGGCCAAUGUGCAGCCAAAGAUUAUCGCGGCCCUUAGUCGAGGCAUUGCGGUGCACCACGCGGGCAUGAAUCGAAACUACCGACAAGUUGUCGAGAUGCUCUUCCGUAAAGGCUAUCUACGAGUCGUCAUUGCCACCGGGACGCUCGCCCUCGGUAUCAACAUGCCUUGCAAGACGGUCGUCUUCUUUGGCGACUCCGUCUUCCUAACGCCGCUUAAUUACCACCAGGCCUCCGGCCGCGCCGGUCGUCGUGGCUUCGACCUGCUCGGAAAUGUCGUCUUUGCUGGGAUGCCGCUCGCGCGAGCCCUCAAGGUCAUGUCGUCGCGGCUACCGGACCUUGGUGGCCACUUUCCGCUCUCGACGACGCUGGUCGUCCGCCUGCUCGGCCUGGCUCACCACACUGGCAACAACGCAUACGCGACACGGGCUAUCAACUCCGUGCUUUCCCUGUCGCGGUUGUACCUCGGUGGCCCGUCGGACCAGAUGGCCAUCCGACACCACCUGCGCUUCUCGAUCGAGUACCUGCGCAGGCAGCGGCUACUGUCGGCGAACGGCGCGCCGCUCAACUUUGCGGGCCUGAUAGGCCACCUGUACUUUACCGAGAACGCCGUCUUUGCGUUCCACUCACUGCUUAAAGAGGGUUACUUUCACAGGCUGUGUGAGACGGUCGAAAGGAAUCCGGAGGCGGUGAUGCGGGAGCUGGUACUGGUGCUGGCGCAUCUGUUCUGUCGAAUCCCGCUUGGUAUUCAGAGCAACCUUGUCCGGUCGCCGUCCGUGAUUGCGCUUCCUCCGCUUCCAGACGCGGCGGAGCGUGUCCUCCGUGGGCACAACCAGGAGGCCCUCGACAUCUUCCAGCACUACGUAAGCACCUAUAUCAAGCAGCGCCUGGAACACGUUCCCGACACGAAGCUACCCUUUACGGGGUAUCAAGUCGGGAUCCAGCAGAACGACGAGUCCCGGCCCAUGAUCGCUCACCUGCCACCCAUGAAGCUCCGCUCGCCCUUUGCGGCGCUGUCCGGAUUAACAGACACCUUUGAUACCAUCCACGAGCUAUGCGCCACGGUCCGCAGCGACGUGUUCCUGGAGGAGUCGGCCGUACCGUACAUUCGCAUAUAUCCUGCUGACACGGCCGGUCGUCCUUGGAACGCAUACAUCUACGACUUUUUCAAGCACGGCGAGCUAACAGCACUGGUGCGUGACAACAAGAUUAAGCGCGGCGACGUCUGGUUCCACCUUAAAGACUUUUCGCUCGUCUUGGCGACUAUCGUCACCAGCUUGGAAAACUUUGUCCGCCUGGAUGGUCGCACGGACGACGACGCGGCCAUGGCGGACGUGCAGGAUGUGGGCGACGCAAUGCAGGAGCCCAUGGAAGAACUGCGACUGGGUGAGGAGGAAGAAGAAGAGCCCGAAAAGCAGCCUGCCGCGGGAGCUGCACGGAAACAGCCCAAGGCCGCUAAAGCUAGUAAGAAGAAAACGGUCGCGCUGGCUUCCUGGGAGGACGACGUGAGCGAUGACGACAGCGCUUCAGGAAGCGAGGCGACGUCGUCUCUUGACGAUGAUUCUUGGCAGGACAGCGGGGAUGGUAAUUUGCCACAGGUAAUCAAGACCUUUAAGUUGCUUCGGGAAGAGUUUGAGGUCAAGUUCCGCAAGGUGUGGGCUUAG